AUCAUAAUUCAUAGGUCGUCGCCUCGUCCGGCAAUUACUAAUUAUUAAUUAUAGAUAAAUCGUGGUUUCGUAGUUACGUUUCGUCUCUGUCUUAAAUCAACUAACGCCAUUAAGGAUUAGUAAAUACCAGUUGAAAUCGUGACUUAAAUCCACUUGGCUUUUAAAUAUUUUUUUAAAGAAUUUUAUUCUUAAUUUUUCAAUAUGCCUCAUUUUCGUUUGGAAACAAAUGUAUCCAAGUCUAAAGUAACACCAGAAUUAUUAAAAAAGAUUUCUGCAGCUGUUGCCAAAACUCUUGGAAAACCGGAAUCGUAUGUAGUUGUGACUAUUGUGCCUGAUCAACUUAUGACAUGGGGUGGAGAUGAUAAGCCCUGUGGUACAGCUACGUUAAUGAGCAUUGGUUGCCUAGGCGUUGAACAGAACAAGAAACAUGCUGCCGUCUUGUAUCCUCUUUUAAAAAAGGAACUAGGCAUACCAGAUGACAGAUUAUACAUAACAUUUUCGGACCAAAGUUCAUCCAAUGUUGGUUAUACUGGAACAACCUUUCAAACAAUUUUAGGAUGAUUAAUAUAAGAGGACAUUUUUUUAAAUCUCACAUUUUAUGAUCAACUACAUUUUAUAACCAAAUCUAAAAAAUAUAACUUUAAAUUAAUAAACAGUAAUUUACGUAUAAUA